AAACCGUCAACGCGCACGGCACACUAUACCAGCAGCCGGAACCAGAAGGGGAAGCCAGCCGGACACGCGGAAAGCAAAAGCAAAAAAAAAAGCUCCCGUCCGCUUCCUCCUCGGUUUCGUCACGUCUUCUCUUUUUGUCCGCCGGGCGCUCGUCCCCGCCACCGUCACGAGGGAUGGCGAGGAAUCCCAUGGAGUCCAAUGAUGAGCUCAAUUACCUCGUCAUCCGAUACCUCCAGGAGUCCGGUUUCACAAAUGCAGCAUUUGCUUUUGGACAUGAGUCAAGAAUUAAUAGAAUUCCUAUUGAGGAAGAUCUAAUUCCGCCAGGUACUCUUGUUGCAAUUGUACAAAAGGGCCUUCUGUACACAGAAUUGGAGGAAAAAUUGGGCAACGGUAAUUCUUACCUCAUGACAAAAAACAUCAAUGAAGUACAACAAAUGAUCAAAGAAAAGAAAGAAAAAAUUAAAAAUGAGCAAGAAAAGGAAAAUAAUAAUAAACGUGAAAGCAAAAGAGAAAGACAGGAUACAGAUAGAGAACAGGAAAAGGAUAAGAAAAUGAAAAAGGUUAAUGAGGAAGAAAAGGAAAAGGAAAUGCAACAACAGGAGCACCAAGAUAAAGAUAUUGCAAAAAAUCAUGGAGAUAUGACAAAAGCUAAACUUAGUGCAGAUGGAGUUUCUGGAGGAUGACUUCAAGGAUUGUGAAGGUUAAGCAUUGAAAUAAACCUAUAGGGAACCUAAUAAUAAAAGACAAGGUUGAAGGGACCUUAAAGGCAAUGUUUGGAUGUCUGGGUAUGUCAAAGAUGGAUAUGACUAUUUCAAUGGGAAAUAGCUGGAGGGGGGCAGUCUUACUCUUACGAGAAAAGGGGGGAUGAUGGGAGAAAACAGGAAGGUCAUGUAAAAUGGAUAUGACGUAGCUUUAAAUAUGUGUCAUGCUAUGAAUCAUGUUAUAAUGGUUAUGGUAUCUUAUGUAUGGAUAAACUUGGAGAGUACCUGUCAAACAAAAGUUCACACACUCUUUUUGUCUCUCUCUCUCUCUCUCGCACCAAAAUAUGUUUUUAUGUGAGCUGGAAUCAUCAACAAUGAUAUUAUUUAAACACUCUAAAUCUCAAACUUAGAACUUUUGAAUGUAUGGAAGAUUAUUUGAAAUAACUUUUUUGUUGUGUAAUUUGGAUGUUGUAUGUCUUGUAUGUUUUUUAAUUUCCCCCUUGUUGCAUGUGAAUUCAAAUUAUAGUUUUUUUUACCACUAGCUUUUGUAAAUGGCUAUUGAUCACCGAACCUGACUUU